CAACCCAAAAUCCAAAUGACUUUUCAAGAUUCAAGUUGUUUCUGGAUUCGCCAGUCAUAAAAUUCAAUGUAAUUUAUUAUUUUUUAACCGUGAAUCAUUAAUCAUAUUGAAUGUGUCUUAGUUUAACUUACAAUUCUGAAAAUAAUGUGUUAUGUUAAUCAUAAUUGUGAAUUCAUUGCUUUUGAAUUAUAUACACUACAACUAUGUCUGACCGCGAAUGCGUUUUGAGCCGCAGUUCAUUGCCUUAUGUAAAACUGGAAAUGGUGUUUCUUCCGUGAGUGACCGAAUUAUAAAGUGACCUAUGUGUAAUACUAAUGAUUUUUUGUGAAAUUCAGUGAAUAGUGUGCACACAUAAUGUCUAACUCCACGGUGCAAGUAUUAAUGAAGAAGGGCAAAAGAGGGGCAGCUGCAUAUAUCCAUGCGGAUUGCGCUAGCGGUUUGCCUCAACAUUUAGGCCCUUUGCUGGACGUGCUUCUUAAUCCCAGCAAGGCGAUCGAUGAAUGGGAAACCAUUGAUUGGUGCAGGUGGCUAUUAGCUGGUGGCAGGACGCCAGACGAAUUUUCUGCAGUUGUGCGUAGUUACGACAAGCAUGACAAAUGCGGACUGGUGUGGAUUCCCCGUGUGGUGGCGUACCGGUGCCGAACGUGCGGUAUCUCGCCGUGCAUGUCCAUUUGCCGAGAGUGCUUCCAUCGCGGUGAUCACUCUACCCACGACUUCAACAUGUUCCUUUCCCAGGCUGGUGGCGCUUGCGACUGCGGAGACAAUUCUGUUAUGAAGGAGGAUGGGUUCUGCAGCAAUCACGGUAAUAAAUGUCCUCGACCGGGUUCUGCGCCGGCGGAAUUACUUUGCGUCGCCGAAGCCAUGAUGCCGCGUCUCAUACUGCGUCUUCUACAACACUUCAGGGAGAACAGUGAUGGCGGCAGUUCAGACAACUAUCGUGUUGCGGUACAAGAGUGCGAGGGCUAUGUACAGAUGUUGAUGGAGUUCAAUAAUAUGGGCGAUCUCAUGCGUUCCGCUAUGACGAAGGCGCUCAUCAACCCACAGAUGUAUCGCAACCUGGUGGAAGGUCCUUUUCCUGAGACAGAGUAUGGACGCUACAUGGCAGACUCAAACCGCAUGUACGAACGGGCCUUAGAGAGCUUCCCUGCCCCAGAUCCGCCUGACGAAUUUCGACAUUUACCGGCACUAGCGCCGCGUCUUCAGCACAAAACGUUACUAGAAGAAUUUAUAUUUUGGACAUUUAAGUACGAGUUCCCACAGAACGUAGUCUGUCUGCUGCUUAACAUGCUGCCCGACCAGGAUUAUAAGGAAAACUUGACGCGUACGUUCGUGCUGCAUUACGCCCGCAUUCCACUAGUGCUGGAGGGUGCUGCGGAUCCCGAUACGCUAUCCAACCGCGUGGUCCAUAUGUCCGUGCAGUUGUUCUCCAACGAGGCGCUGGCGCUCCACUGUGUGCACCAGCUGCACCUGCUGCACGUGAUGGUGCUGUCGCUACGUCUGAUGAUGGGUCGGAUCCUGGUGCGCAACUCGCUGCACGAGCCGGCCGCUAACCGCCACCGGGUCAUCGACUGCACCGAGCGGCUCAUGAAAGAGCACUGCUACUGGCCGCUGGUGUCAGACUUCAACAACGUGCUGUCGCACCGAUCCGUGGCUCUGCUGUUCCUGCAGGACGACGCGCUGGUCGACAUGUGGUUCGACUUUCUCGCCACGCUGCAGGGCAUGAACGUGAACGUGCGCGAAACCAUGGGCCACAUUGAGUUCGAACCGUCCUCCUACUACGCGGCCUUCUCGUGCGAACUAGAGGCCGCCGCCUACCCCAUGUGGAGCGUGGUGUCGCACCUGCACGCGCCCGAGCACGCCCCGCUAGCCGCGCGCAUAGUCCGGGCAGCCCUCACGCACCUGGGCUCCUGGCUGACGGCCGUGGGUGUUUCGGCGUCAAGGCCACCUGCGCCCAGAGCUCAUGCCCUACACGCCUCCUUCCACUUCCCGCUGCAUCGCUACCUCGCCGCUUUCCUCUGCGCCGCCGUCCGCGAGAUGCGAGUGCGCGCCGCCGAUCUACUGCCGCCAGCCGACCAGCUCGCCCUGCUAGCUCACCACCCACUUAGAGUGCAGAGCCUGUUCUACGAGAUCCUGGCGGGUGUAUGGGUACGAAACGGACUGCAGAUUAAGGGCCAGGCGAUGACGUACAUCCAGGCAAACUUCUGCAACUCUAUGGUAGACAUGGAUAUCUACUGGCUACAAAUCUGCGCCGCGCAACUGCCACCAGAUCAAUUUAUUGAUAUGUGCAUUGAUACGUUCGGCGUGCGCGAGUGGCUGAGUAUGACACCGUUAUCUGGCGCGCAAGCAGGCGAACAGGACGCCAUGGUAGAGGGCCUGCUCACAUUCCUCGCUAUCCUCGUGAGCUCGCGUACCAAUCUCGGACAUGACGAUGUCCUACAGUCACGCGUCGAGGUCGCAACACUCCUGGCCGCCGGUGAUAAAACCCACUCGCAACUGCUGGAAUUGAUGCCCGAGCGUUCUGGCAAUGCGCACACACAAAACUUUGAAGCUGUUCUGCGUGAGCUGUCCGUAUACCGCGCUCCAGGCCGCGGAUCCGAAAGCCUGGAGCAGGGCUUGUUCGUGCCGCGCCCUGUUGUUUGGGAGCGGUACUACGACCCGCUGCACGUUUUACGCCGCGCCGUGCAUCGCCGUGACUUCCAUGCCUCAAUGGACCGCUUCGCCGCCUACGUGGCAGAAAAGCGUAAAGCUGAAGGUGAUGGUAGUAAUAGCAAUAGUGGGACUGGUAACUUGUGGCCUCCACUUCGACCUGCACUUCCACCCCCAGACGUCGAGCUUAGUGGCGAUCCCCGACAGAUCUGCGCGUCUGGUGUACUGCAUGCGGCGUUGCUGGCGAUACUGCACCGUGGCGUGCGGCGAAGAGACGCCAGCGUAGGUGGCGCCGCCGCACCACCAGACCACGUGCUGGCGUUGGCCGUCUACCUUCUGGCCACGGCAGCUGACAUGCAGCGAGACACGCAGGCCGCAGAUCGGUCGGUGUGCGUAUGCGGUGGUGAAGUCCGUCGGGGGGCCAGCGUAUCAGGCGUGCCAUUGCUGUCGGCGUUCCCGGGUGGUACUCUCGCGGACAACGCGCGUACGCUAUUGGCGCAUGUACUUCCAUUGGAUCACGAUGACACAUUGCCGCCACAGCCCUAUCACUCUGACAGCGAACCAGAAUGGGAAAACAGUGAGGCAGGCGAUGCUAGCAGUGAAGCGGACGCGGGGGCAGAAGGCUCGGCUGCUAGUCGCAACAAACCUGUGUCAAUGCCGCGGCCUUCCACUGCGCUGGCCGUGCCGCAACCUAUGGAGAUGGCAAGAAACGUAUCGAUUUCAGACGAUCAGUCGGACGCGGGAGGUGAUGCUCCUGAGAUUAGAGCUCUCGAGAGUGGAGAAACGGGCGCGCUCGUAGUCCAGAGCGUUGAAGUGGCCGGAGGUUCUGCGGAUGGCGGAGGGCCUCACGACUUGACGCUCGCACUCACUGCGCCCAUUCAUUAUGACGAUGAUAUAGCAGAGCCAGAAUGGGUAGUUGGAAGACGCCGUGCGCUACCCCCUCCGCCUGAGGGUGAACUGGAGGCAGAAAUAGCGGGUGCAGCGGCAAUAGUGGGCACAGUAUCGGCUCACGGGUCUCAAGCAGGCGGGCAAGUGCCCGUCCACGAGUCCAUUAUUUCGCUUUUGCUCAAAUUGCACUCACAACUCUCUGGGCGCCUCGACUCAUUCGCGCUCGAUGAGCCGCCGCCCCAUACUGAUGAGCCCAUCGGUGACGGUCCCCACUUCAUCGGCAUAGUUCUUCAUAAGCUGGCUGCUCUGGAUGUAAGGUGUGCGGAAGCUAUCCAACAGGUGCGUCGCACCAUGUGGCCCAACCAAAGGGAGCGGCAGGCCGAGCAGAGAGCCAGGGAGCGGCGUGAAAAGGAUGAGCGUUCGCGACGUGCUCGUGAGCGACAGGAUCAACUUAUGCGAGAGUUUGCCCGCAAACAGCAGCAAUUCCUGUCCAGCGUGCGCCAGCUCGAGGGAGAGAACAUGGAGUGGGAAGAGGAGCUGCUGGCCCGGGACUACGACUGUGUCAUAUGCAACACCACCGCUCCCGCUGCGCCCCACGAUCCCAUCGGAUUGGUGGUGUUGCUACAGUCGACGUCGGUUCUCGGUCACAGGCGGCGCGCCGGAACACCGGCGGGUGCGUUGGCGUUGUCUGAAAGCGAACGGGCGCGACUAGCGGCGCAGCAGUACGGCACGGCGGCCGCCCAUCACUACCGGUUGCACGACGACCUGCAGCAACACUUCGACCACGAUUCCUGGGUGCUCAGCGUCAGCGUGGGCUGGGAGGGUGGCGUCGUGGCGCAGUCGUGCGGUCACCACGUGCACUUGCGUUGUCUGCGAGCUUAUCUCCGCUCGCUGGCUGCGUCGCAGCGUCCUCCCAACUUGCACGUGGAGCUAGGUGAAUUCUUGUGCCCGCUGUGUCGACAGCUCGCCAAUAGCGUGCUCCCCCUGGCGCCGCCGCCGGAGCGUGCUCCGCGACGCCCCUCUUCGAACGCGUCCCACGCACACCUGGCGGCCCACGUGCGUGACAUGUUAGACCGGGAGAUCCGACCGCCCGUCAAGAGCCAGCUGUCGGAAGCGAUGGGCAAAGCGAUGACGGACAUGACGGCGAUGGCGGGUGGCAAGCUGAAACAACGCUACGGCUCCUCGCCUGCCGCUAUCUUUACCUUUGUGGCAUCGCUUGUGCGCACCAACUUGGAGUGCGAACUCGUGCAACGCAACAACACUCUUGUCGCGCAGCCUACGCCACGAUACAAGCCUAAAGAGGAGUGCAUCGUGCCACUGAUGUCGGUGGCGGGAGCGCACGCACGUGCUCUAGUAGUGGCAGGAGCGUCGCUGGGAGUGGCUAACACUUGGCGGGCCCUCGUGCCCGAAGCCGCAGUGGAAACAGUGGGAACGUGUGGUGCCGCCGUCCCUACUGCUGGAGGCACCCGACCCGUUCCACUUCUGCUGCGCGACCCUACCGCGCUUCUUCUGCACGUGCUAUUACUGGCCCCCGACGACCCGCCGCAUCUGGAUAUUCAACAUUUCACGAGCAUCGUGCGGGCGCUCUACACCCUCACCUACUACCAAGUAGUAAACCAGCUGUGUGCAACGGGUACGUUGACCCCAGCGCAACACUUGCGACCCGAAGGACGCGCGCGGGGACUGCUGGAAGCGGCGCAACUGCUGCUUGCGGCCCGGGCUCCACAGCACCUUCUGGAUGACGAUGCAGCACAUGCUGAACCUGAUGCCACGUUUGACAUUGACAAAGCUGAGGAAGAGGUACAAGAUCUAGUCCUGCCAUACUUGCGGAUAGUGUCCCUAAUCCGCGCGCACGUAUACGACUGCGAAUUGCCGCUCAUCACCAGCGACCGAGAGGAGUUUGGGGCGCUUCUGCGCUUUCUACAAUUGGCGGAUGGCGAAUCGCUCCUGGCGGCUGACGCUUUACCUGCCGGGGCAUCGGCCGCCGCCCGCGCAUGGGCGCGCCAGUUGGCCACGGCCAGCGCUGGGGGGCAGCUGGCCAUCGGUCGUGUGGUACGAGGACUGCACGCCGUAUGGACGGGCCCGGCGCUCCUUAGGUUACCGCGCGAGUACGACCGCCUCUUCACCUACUACCACGAGCGCGUGUGCCUUCAGUGCGGCGCAGUACCCAAGGAGGCCUCCGUGUGCCUUCUUUGCGGCACGUUGGUGUGUCUGAAGCAACCUUGUUGCCGUCAGCACCAAGUCGCCGAAGCGGUACAACACGCCAUGGAGUGCGGGGGAGGGACGGGCAUAUUCCUGGUGGUGACGUCCACUUACAUCAUCGUGAUCCGAGGACGCCGGGCCUGUCUAUGGGGAAGCCUUUACUUAGACGACUACGACGAAGAAGACCGAGACCUUAAACGAGGCAAACCACUAUACCUGAGCGAAGACAGAGCCGAGCUGCUCCAAGCCCAGUGGUUGGCUCACCGCUUCGACCACACCAAGCGCACCUGGGUCUGGCAUCGCGACUCUCUAUGAGCUACUGCACACGUGCGAUCGAUAUGGUGAAUCAGGAACGAGUCAGGAUCGUGAAAGGUUCGCAGGUCGGGCUCUGUAGUGACUGACUCCAACAACGAAGCCCCGGAGCCCUGGGACGUCUCGCAGUCUUAUUUAAUCCGCUGUGCAAUUAUUGCCAAGUGCCUCAUUAAACCUUUGAUCUGUU